UUGGGGAGCAAAACGACGACGCUUGGUUGUGUUAACACUACAAACCUUGUGUGAUACAGUGAUAUCGCUCUUGUCCCAGCUUCCCCCAGCUUCGCUGCACCGCCGCAAGAGCUCAAGAAAAUGGAGGAUCUCGGAGACCAUCCCAACCCUCAGAACGACGUCGUCGACGCGGACGACGACGACGAUCCGCCGAUGCUGAGCUCUGAAACCCUCUCGGCCCUCAAGGAGUUCCUGGCCCAGCAGAACCGGCCUCUGGGCGUUGAACCUGACCCUGACAACGUGGAAAGUGGAGAGGAGGAGGUGGCUUUGAUGGCCGAGGACUGGAAGCUGAGCCAGUUCUGGUACGACCGGGAGACCGCCGAGACCGUGGCUCGAGAGGUCCUCACUCUCUGCCAGCCCUCCGAUUCCCGCGUCGCUUGCAUCGCUUGCCCCACCCUCUACGCCUAUCUCAAGAAACUUAAUCACAAUAUCGCCGUGCAACUUCUUGAAUAUGACAAACGUUUUGAGCAACAUGGAACUGAUUUCACUUUUUAUGAUUACAACCGACCAGAAGAGUUGCCAUCGGAACUGAAGCAUGCUUACCGCAUUGUAGUUGCGGAUCCUCCUUAUCUGAGUAAGGAGUGCUUGGAGAAAGUCGCUCAAACAAUUUCUUUUCUUUCACGACCGCAAGAAUCUUACUUGCUUCUACUUACAGGUGGGGUGCAGAAAGACACAGCUGCUGAGCUUAUGGGCUUGCGUCCAUGUGGUUUUCGGCCUCGGCACUCUAGCAAACUUGGAAAUGAGUUUCGGCUGUUCACAAACUAUGACCCAGGAAAUAGAUUAGGAGGCUGGGAGCAAGAGGAUUAGGUGCAUUUUCUUUCCACAUGACCCUAAACUUAUUUAUCGACGGUUUGAUUGGAGAAUCUUGCCUGCCAGCCGGAGUGCCACUUCCAGAAGUAUGAUCAGGACUUCUUUUGCUUGAAAUUGAAUGUCAUGCUACAAGAUGGUUGAUGAAUGUCCCAAGUUCAUCGAGAAAAUAUUUGAAAUCUCUUUGGUGUUUAUUUCCAUGGUCAAUCCCUUUGCCAAAAUUUGAUUUCUAAGUUGGGCUUGUAAAUUACCCCAAUGCGAAAAUUCAGAGAAUCAAAUCUGUUCUACUUGGGUUCCUUUUCAUUUUA